AUGUCUGAUUAUGAGAAACCAAACCUUCCAGAAGGAAAGGAUGAGCUACUACCAACAAUCUUCGGUAUUCAAGGGCUUGUUUUAUGCAAAUCAGGCUCCCAGUACUUCCCACUUAAAGGAGCUGUGGCAAGGAUAACAUGUGUGGCUGUUGAUGAGAAUGGGUAUGAGACAGCUCCUUUCUCAAUAUUGAGUAAUGGAUGUGAUGGGAAUGGCUACUUCUUUGCAACAUUAUCUCCUUAUUCUAGCCUUGUAGAAAAUAAGAAGAUUAAGGAAUGCAAGGCAUUCCUAGAUUAUUCUCCACUAGAUACUUGUAAAGUUCCUACCGAUGUUAACCACGGUAUUAGUGGUGGUCUCCUGUCUUCUUACCGCGUCCUCAACGAAAAGAAUAUGAAAUUAUACUCUGUUGGGCCUUUCUUCUACACCUCAGAGACUCAGUCAGUUCCUAAUGGUUACUAG